GCCAUACUGCGCGAGUCGCGAGCGCAUCAGCACAACCCAAGUCCGAAGAUAGGUGGCAAGAACAACGCCUUUAUUAAGAUCGCGUUAAUUCGCGCGUCAAAUUCACGCGCAAUUAAUAUUCCAUCGCAUGAAAGGCUGUAUCAAGCUCCUGCAUUGUCGCCGAUCGUGUAACACUCAACGCAUCCAAGAACAAUUUUCAUCAUGCCUGACAUAGAUCCUAUGCUCGAAGGCACUAAGACUGAGCCUGGAGUGCGAAAUGAUGCUGUCGACACGCCACAGCAGUACUCUAUGCCCACCGCCGAAGAACAAGAUGGCGCAACAACAUCUAAUUCACACCCAGACCAACAACAGUCCCAACCUGAAGACAUCGAUGCCUCCACAACCCUCCACCAAGACGCCCGACCAUCCAUUACAAGCACCGAAGAAUUGCGACUAGCUGCUCAGCUGAGCCAAGAAAUGAGCCAAGGUAUGCCAACCGUACCUAUUGAAUCCCGUGAGGAGUCCGACCUCAGAAACGCGUUGAUGCAAUCCGCAUCCCACGAAGCUCAGUUGCAACAGCAGCAGCAACAACAACAACAACAACAUGACAGUCUGCCGCAAGAUCAGAUACCGGAACACAACAAUCAUAUACAUGAGCAACAUCCUGAGCACUUACCUCAUGAUGACCCGUCCAUGAACGCCCACGAUCCAUCUGUUGUCCAUCAUGAACACCCCCUCCAGCAUGAUCAACAGCCACAACACCAGUAUAUACCCAACCACCACCCACAGGAACACCAGCAGAUACAUCUGGCGCCUCAACAGCCGCAUAUGCAACAACAUCCGCAGCUGCAGCCUCAGGGCACCAUGGAGCAGCUGGCUCAACAUUACGCCGCACAAGCCUCGGCAAUGCCAGAUAUACCGCCAAGGAAGAGGUCCAAGGUAUCUCGCGCUUGCGAUGAGUGCAGGAGGAAGAAAGUGAAGUGCGAUGCUGCUUUGGAAAGCGGCGAAAAUCCUUGUUCAAACUGCCGACGUUCCCAGAUUCAUUGUCUAUUUAGCAGAAUUCCUCAGAAGCGUGGGCCUAGCAAAGGAUAUAUCAAGGAGCUUGCCGAUCGAAUAAACCAUAUCGAAGGGAAGUUGGCCAGCGAUGGGGGUAACAUGGAUAGAAGUAAUGUGGACACUCUGACCGAGCUCUUAAAUGGUGCUAGGAGAGAUUCGAUGGAUAUCUUCAGCCCUACCGGACAGGCGGAGGAUAACAGUCGUAAGAGGCCGUACUCCAGUAUAUCUGGUGGCGAGUUUGCGACACCCACCAGUUCGCGACAAGCUACUUGGAGUUCUGAGCCGCGACCAAUCCAACCUUACCAAACUCCAUCCGGAAGUUUCAGGACGCCAUACUCUGCUAAUGGUUUAGCACCUCAACCGUUAUCCAAGCCCGAUUCAACGGUGGCAUCGCGCCCAGCUACCGCCGUAGAUAACAUGCCGCUCGACCUUAACCAGAACGGCUCAACCCGCGAGCUAGACGAAGCUGCCUUUAGCGCCUACUUGAACGUUGUCCAUCCUUGUUUCCCUCUGCUCGCAGCAAGCAAGGCGCGGGCCGAAGGGCAGUUGGCGCAAUGUCCACCUCCCCUCCGCGAUGCAUUUGUUGAGGCUCUAUAUCUUAGUAUGCAGUCAUUCGUCUCGGUUCCUGGCCUCUAUACCACCGCCGAUAUUGGCUCUGUUACACGGAUGAUCGCGGAAUGGGAAUCUGAUUCGACUCCACGAACACCAGUCAUGAAUCUUGUGCAUCUUCAAACAUUGAUCUUGACAGCCCUAAUGACCGACAAUUACGAUGUGCCGUCAUUGAAGGGCGAACACGGAGGCCCGGCCAAAGCAUCCAUACUUGGUCGAGCUGUGGGUCUCGCUUAUACGAUGAGACUUCAUGUUUCGGGUCUAGAAACAACUCUAGAUGGCCAGUUGGAACCGGAUUCAAGCGAGAACAUCGCAAUUCGAGCUUGGUGGACAUUGAUCAUGUUAGACCGGUGGAACGCCAUUUCAACGGCGAGCCCUUUGUUCAUUCCGAACGACAGUGUAGUUAUUCUCCCUAGCCUGAGCUCGGUACUGGGUGACAAUGUGUACCAUCUAGCUCGAUUGUCGAACAUCCUUGGGCACUUCGCACCGGUUUCCUUGGUUUCUCCAAAGGUUCUCUCGCCCGAUUCCGGGGCCGCUCCAAUUCUGAGUUCCUUUUUCAACCUUUCCAUGGAGCUUUUCCGGGAGAUCCUACCCCAGAGCAUCUCGCCGACGACUCAUCCGAUAUUACAUAUGGUCUACUGGCAUUGCAGGUUACUUGCGUAUCUUUUCCAGACCAACGCGAAGUCCACCGAUAUCCUGUGGCCAUGCAAGGAGGCCGUGACUCUGCUACUUACGAACACGCAACUGCUUAGUCCCCUGAACCACCACUUCUUCUGCCUUACUACACUCUCGCUCAUCGAGCUCGCCAAGGUAGAAAAGACACGAGAUGAGGCUACGGGCCUUCUAAAGCAGCUUCUCGACGCGAAUCUUGCUCCGUCGACCUGGGACGGAGUUAUCCGGGAUCGCAUUUCGGACCACCUUCGACCUUCUACUGCUCAAGCAGCAGCGAACCAAAGCCUGCAGCACCUUGCCGAUUUAGCUACCGCAACGGAAGUAGAUACCGCCAAACCAGACAAGAGUCUAGAGCCCACGUCCCUCCGGACAAGUGAUAACUAUAGCGAUGUCGGGUUUGAUCCUCGCACGCUUACACGAAACGGUUACUUAAAUGUCUUGGCCGGCAUUCACAUGCGAUAGGAUAGCAUGGUACCAGCUCAAAGAAUUCCAAGUCCGCCGCGACAGCCUGCGCCAUUCUACCAGCAAAUGCACCAACCAGCUCACCAGCCGGUGGUCCAUUCAACGAACUCUUCGCUCUAUCGCCAUCCUCCUUAUUAUAUGUAAUGACGUUGGAUGAGCAUUAGCAUUGGUGAACGUUAUCACGAAGGCUAGUUGUCAGAGAGUAUACCGAUUGCGAAAUUCUUAAUUCCUAGUAAACAAUACAGUGCGUUGGUACUACGAAGAUAUAGGAACCGAAACGGAUUGCUUCUACACUUUAGUGGUCAAGCCUCCCCCAUCUAACCGACGAAUGAGCAUGCUUUAUGAACAAACUACCUAGUUAACUGUGGUCUAUUCAUCAUAAACCCGCCAUAUACCUAAGGUAGCUUUAUAGCAGACAGCCUUAAAGUUGACCAUCCUUAUGGCCUUUGGUCUAUUGCUGGAUACUGGGCGGGUUGCGAUAACGCCUACAGGAGGAGUCUGUUACAUUUAGCAGAAUAUGCCGCCUUGUGGCAGCUAUGUUGCGAAAAUGGCGUGUUUUGAUGUGAUCAUAAGAGAAUCGCAAAGUUGCAUGGGACUAGCUGGCACAUGGAACUGCCUUUAAGUCCGUAAUCAAUAAAAAUCCCGUCUCACAGCACAG